AAUGAGAUGUUGAACACACUGAGAAAUACUAAAAUCAAGUAAAUGAGGAUAUACUUACAACAUAUACAGGUACCUAGCAUACGAUAUCCGCCUUGAAGGUUAACCUUAUUGUCUCACUCAUCCCAUCAUCCCAUCAUCCCAUCAACCUUUGGAAGAUCGGUACCAGGAUGUUCCAAAGUAACUUUCUUCUAGCGCGUCAUCAAACAGGGGCAAUCAUCAAGCUAUCAGAGCAGCUUAUCCCAGUUCGAUCUUCACUUCUUCAAACUACCUAAUAUCUGUACCUACUACCUUUAGUACUAGUGACAUGCAGACCGCGAAACUGGAUUUCUCAAUGGAUGCUCACUGGUACUUACAUGGCUUUUGUAUCUGUACUCAUUAUUUCGAUUACGGGACUUUACAUCAAUUAUCCAUUAUUCCAACAAAAUAACUUGGAACAGACGUGCAACAAAUUUCUAUUCAUAACUUUUAUUAGGAAUUGAUCAAGAAAUUACUUGAUUGCUAUCAUUGAGGCAGGUAGCUCGGCCUGGCUAUUCAGCACCCAGAGUCUAGAUUCUAGAUUCUAGAUUCUCAGUACGAAAAGCCUCAACCAAACCAAGCCGGUCUUUAAUUUCUAGGAGAAGCCACCAGCCAGCCAACAGAAGCACAACGCACGGCAAUGCAGUUCUCGUAAAAUCGAGAGAAUGGCCUUUUCAUUGCGGUCUAGAUAUAAAAGACCUGCUCAAUUAACAGAUGCUGAUUACGAUCACGAAAUCGAAUUGGUGGAUCAUACAGACCCAAAUGCGAGUCGGGGUGGGAGUCGGUCAAGGAGUAGGCAGGCCAAGGUUGAUGAUUUACCGGCGAUAAUCGUAACGGAUUCGGCUUCCAGGAAUCGAGUUGAUGAACCAUCGAGGAGAAAGAGGUCGCUCAGGGCAGAGUUGACUAGGAGGAAAUGGAAGAAAUAUAGGGAUGCGCAUGUUGCGGCCGAUGAGAUUGAGAGUAGUCCUGUUAGGAUUAGUUCGGUGAUGUAUGUAUUUACCUGAUGUUAUGGCUGUUGGCAAAAGUACUAACUACAUUUUUGCAGAACCUUGCCUCCAGAAAAUGGAAAUUCUCCCGAUGAUGAAGACAGUCGAGGCCGAAGUCGAAGUCGAAAAAGAACAAAAGCUCAACAGGAACAGGAUAAAUUACCUUUCGAGAUUGAUAUUUUGUAUGAGAAUGAACGGGGUUUUGUUUUAUGCGGAGCGCAUAUGUUUUCUAAUAAAGCUUUGGGGAAUCUAGAUCCGGCGCCUUGGACCAAGAUUACGGGGAAGCCGAGUCUGACGGAUCCCUCAAAUUCUCAAGUACCGGAUCCAAGUUGGGAAUGGGCUUGGCCCGAGUGGAUUAUCAAUCAUGAUGAUGGGGUAAGAAUAUCUAGGCUAGCCUGGACUUUGGGACCUGUGGUCGUCAAUUGUCCACUGCUGUGCUAUUUGCGAAUUGCAUGCUAACUGUUGAUGUGAAUUUAGGUCGAUGAUGAAGGAUGGGAAUAUUCUUUCGCUUUUUCCAAGCUAUUUUCAUGGCAUAAUGCUAAAUGGUAUAACUCAUUUGUUCGAAGGAGAGUAUGGAUUCGAAAGCGAGUCAAGAAGAGAUUUAUUCCCCGACAUGCUCAUAUGCUUAAUGAAGAUUAUUUUACCAUACAUCCAGUGAGUAGUCCAUCAAUGCCAAUUAUGCGAGCGAACACAACUCUCACAUUCACCUCAAUCUUGAAUUCACCGGUGCUAACUCUAUUUACCAGCCACGUAGCAGAAGCCGCAGGACAAGUCUCUCAGGUGCCGCCGCUCUAGAUGGAGAUGGACGAAGCCGGUACAGUUCAGCAGUCUAUAGCCGCAAUUACGAAACAGAAUGGAAGAUCGAUGAUAUCAGUGAUAUUGCAACCCUGAUGAAAGUCCUCCGAAUCUGUCGCAUCGAUAGGGAGAAGAUGGAAGCGGUGGAAAGUUUUAUUAAGCAUGGUGGUGAGGAAUUGCAUUAUUUGACGAAACCGGAACAUAUGCAUGAGGUUAUGAAUAAUUUUAUUUUUCAGGCAAGUCGACGUGUUUUGUUGGGAAGAUUGAUGAAGGUGUAUGAGGAAAUUAGCCGGGCGGCUGAGGGGGGAAAAGAAGGAAAAGAAAAUGUGAAAAGUGAUCCAGGUGGGAAUGAGAUCAGGGAUAAGAAUGACAGUAUAAAACGAAAACAACGGGCAAAGCUCUUAGAAGCAGCGGUCAAAGCCGCAGAUGAAGAAGUCAAGAGAUUGGAAUAUUGGAGUGACGUUCGACAUAUGGCGGAGGAAGGAGAGACGAUGGGGGCAGUGGAUAAUAGGAAAGGAUGGGAGGGCAACUGGGAGGGUUUGGAUAGGAGUGGGCCGAAAGAUUUUAAAUUUGAUGGGAAGAUUAUGGGAGGAGAAGAAGGGGCUGGAAUUGGAGGGAAAGAAAAUGGGAGUGGGAGUGCAAAGGCUGGUGGUAAUGAUAAUAGUAAUAAGAUUAAUAAGGGAAAGGGACGCGCUUUGGAGUAAAGGGAUUUUAUCUUUAGGGUACGCAUGAAUUGGGUAAUUAUACAUAUGGACGAUCAAGUUAAAUACUUGAAAUGGCGGAUGGAUGCUCAGAGAAGGCGUUUUUUUAUCUUGUCGAUACCUUGGUUCAGUCAGGGUCUGGGUGAGUUAGCUUGUUAAGCGCGUUAGGCGGUAGUUGUUGGAUAAUUCUUUAGUAAAUGGGUACUAAAUGCUCGCUGCAUCUGGGAUACACGCAGAUUAUAUAUUUAACUGCGUUAAGGAGAUGGAGAUGAAUAAAUGGAGAGAUGGAGAGAUGGAGAGAUGAAGAGAUGGAUAGCGAGGAGGGGGUAUUGAUACGACGGAAGGAAGGAUGGAUAGGGGAAGUAUGAAUACCCAGGUAGAAUUAAUGAAGAGGGUAUUGCAUUAAUUAAUGUCUAUAUCGAUGCUGUAUGAUAAAAUUAUAAAUUGU